GAGCUAAAAACUGAAAAACCAGCGCAAGUGCACAGAACGGGCGUGUUAGUGCGCGUGUGAGAGAAAAGAAUAUCGUAGUAGCGUAACAAAUCAAACCAUCAAAGAAAGCAUGGAUCCAAACGUCAUUAGUGAACCCACCAACGGUGUCCUGGGCAGAGUGAUGAAGUUUUUCGUUGACAAUCAAGAUGAGCGCACGAAGGAGUGGUUCCUGUCCGGAUCGAUGACGCCGCUGAUCAUGAUCCUCGUGACGUACCUGUACUUCUGCCUGUACGCCGGACCGCGCUACAUGGCAAAGCGGAAACCCUUCAAGCUGGAAAACGUCCUGAUUGCGUACAAUGCAGUCCAGGUGCUGCUUAGCAUCGUGUUAGUGUACGAAGGAAUCGAAGGCGGAUGGCGAAAACAUUACAAUUACUCCUGCCAACCCGUGGACUACAGCCGAAACCCGGUCGCGAUUAGGAUGGCACGCGCCGUUUGGAUGUACUACAUGUGCAAGGUCGUGGAGCUGCUCGACACGGUGUUCUUCGUGCUGCGCAAGAAGCAGAACCAGGUCUCGUUCCUGCACGUCUACCAUCACACUCUGAUGCCUGUCUGUGGCUUCAUCGGCGUCAAAUACUUCGCCGGAGGCCACGGCACGCUCCUGGGCGUCAUCAACUCGUUCAUCCACGUCUGCAUGUACGCGUAUUACAUGCUGGCCGCGAUGGGCCCAAAGGUGCAAAAGUACCUCUGGUGGAAGCGCUACCUGACCGUGAUGCAGAUCGUCCAGUUCAUUAUCGUGUUCUUCCACACCGUGCAAGUGCAGUUCCAGCCGAACUGUGCUUACCCGAAAUCGAUCGCCGCUCUGCUUACGCUGAACGCGGGUCUGUUCAUCUACAUGUUCAGCUCGUUCUACGUGCACUCGUACAUCCGUAAGGCGAACCCGGACGCAAACCGGACCCGCAAGCUCGGCGAGGAGAACAACAACCAGUUGGAGUGCAAACCAAAGGAUGCCGUCGACGUGAACACGCGGCCGGCUCAGGUGGCGGUGGCGGCGGGCGAGGUCAAGAAGGAUCUGUAGAUUAGUGCUACCUCUCUUUUAAACACUUACACACCCACACACACACACCCAAACACACAUGCAUUCCUACCCACAUUCCUCCACCCGAACAACGCACACAAAUCGAACACGAAGAGCACGCAAGCCACCCUCGCCGGGAAAGUGGCCGGAAAAGCGUACCUAGGAAAAGUGGAGUGAACCGGAAGCAGGCGGACGCAGUCGUGGGUAGACGAGGGAGUUUCCAAAGAACGCUGGGAGCAAAGGAUGAAACGGUUAUCAGAAACGCUCGCCCGCCACCAGCGCGGGUCCCGGUGCCGGAAAAAGGGCGCGCCUUAUUCUACAAGCUCCGGAGCCUUCGGCAGGAGCUUGCUAGAGUGUAGGCCGGAAAAAGAGAGCUGUCCGUCGCGCUGAUCUCGAAGGUGGAGCCCAGGCUCGGGCAAGCUUAUCGGCAGCAAAUGGGAUCGAUCCGACCCGGGAAUCGGUUCGGAUGUGGCGCGGAACGCGGAUUCUCGGAUAACACAAUGGGCAGGACCUCCCGCCUCCACUCCCUCCCUUCCUGCCGUCCGCGAACCGGCCUCCGAACUGCGUGCGACUCCACGCGCGUGACGGCGUGCUGCUUGCGUACGAGCCCGCGUGUUGGCCCGCGUUCAAACGAAGCUUAAUCGUUCAGGGAGCAGUGUAUUGUUUUUGUAUACUAUGUUUAGCUAAACCCGUCGCGUGAG